UUAAAAAUUCACACAAAAAAGGAUUUUUCAGAGCAGCUAUCAAAACAACAUCCGAGCAAAAGAAAGUGAGUUGUGAGAAGUGUUUACCAGCGAACGAACGAGGUGCAUAGUGUGGUCAACGUCAGGCGUGUGUACCUUCAAACAGCGUGCCGUUGCGUUCCAAACUGCGGGUACGAAAGCGGAGACAGAAAAAACCCAAAAUAUAAACACAAGGAACGCGUAAACAUCAGUCGAGAGCCGCUACUACCACGAAUCAACGCAAAUAACGACACACAAAGCAACCCCCGGUAGAAUGUGUGGUGUGUUUUCCCGGUAAAGAACGGUGAAGCAUCGUGUUUGACCGUUGCCACAUGCUUAUCGCAUUCGACCGAUCGCAGGACGCGCAAUUAGACGGGGACAGCUGCGUGCGUGCGUGCGUGAAUGCAUUCGCGAAAGCGUCAUGUCCGUUGGAGUAACCGUGCACGAUGUGGAUCCGCUGUCGUCGGCAGGGGCCAAUCCGCUGGCCGAUCUCGAAUCAGUGCGUAAGAUCGCGAACGAGAAGCUGCGCAUCCGUCGGCUAGUGCAGGUUCGCGAGCAAUCCAAACAGCUGGCCGCAAAAGUGCGCCAAAACUAUCAGCUGGCAAAGGAGAAAGAGCUGGCCAAAAUUGAGCAAACGAAGCGGGACGAGGUAAAUGCGUGGAAGCGGCAGCAAAUACGCCACCUGCAGGAUGAGUACGCGCGCAGCGUCUGUGAGGUUGGCGAGGCACACCGGGCAGCCGAAGCCGCGGAAGAGUGUGCGGUGUGGUUCGAGGAGAAGCGGGCCACCCAGCAGGCGGUUGCACUGCAGCGGGGCAAAGUGGCCGAAGCGAACGCUGCCCGGGAGCGGGAGCGCAAGGAGGCGGAGAAAACGGCAAAACAGCGGAAAAAGCCAUACGUGCCGACGAAAUCCAUUGCCGUGCAGGCAUCGAUACCGGUCGGCGCACCGGAAGUGAUGCAACCGAAACAUGCCCCCCUGCCAGAGGACUGUGAUACAUCCAGCGAACCAACGCCCAGCCCGUACGAACAGUUUCGGGCACGAAGGAACCCUUCCGCGAUGCAGGGGAAACCGCCACCACCAACGAGCCUGUCCGAAUCGGAGGACGAGUCCGCUUUCUUUGCAGGGACAGGUACGGGCACACGGCAACUCGACAAAGAGAACAUACCGCGAGCGGGGCACGAGUACAGUGCCACCGCGUUUACCUCACCGAGUGACUUACGAUCGCACCAGGGACAACCUACCCGACGACUGCUGCAACCGUUCACGCAGAUAACGGAGCUGAUCCAGCAAAGACGGCAGCGUCAGCACAUGCCAGCGCUGGACGUUACACGACAGCCGGUCGAGGGUGGUGCAUACGGCUAUGGCACCCAGAAAACGGUCCAGUUUGACGAUCUGAGCGAUAAUACUCUUUCCUUUCCCACAAGCACAGUGCUCACCCAUGAUAACGAUGCCGGUGGACCGUGCGAAUCGCCGCGAAAAAUGCCUCCCCGGAAGAUGGUGACCGCGGCAAAGGGAGUGCAGCAAGUAGCCACUACCGUUGGAAGCAAGCGUGGCAAAGCGGUGCUACCGGCAAUGUCGGGGAGUAGCAGCACCACCACCACCUCAUCGAACGCUGCGUGUGCAAAGGUGCAAUAUUACGAUUGUAAUACAAUGUACCGUCGGGAGUACGAUCAGCCGGUGGGUUACGUGCAGCGCGAGGAACGCCGGCAGGACGAUCCGACCGGAAUGGAGGAAGCGAAUCGAUACGAACUGCUGCAGCAAGAGCUUGCCAAAGCGCGAAGCAAACCGACGGUGGAUCGUACCAAACCGGCCCUGGAAAAGCAGCAAACGCGCAAGGAUUACGAGAAGCUGUCGAAAGAGUUGGACAAUCUAACGCGCACGGAAAACCGGCUCAAAAGCCAAGCAGUUCCCACUAAAAGCAACAUACCGUCGGAAGCGACGCUCAAGCAAAGGGCCGAAACGCGCCAGCGCAAAGCGAACGAAGCGAUUGAGCAGUUGCUGCAGCAGCGUGCCCUCGUAACGUGCCCGAUCGUGCAGAGCCAGCCGGACGACGCUGCCCGCCGGCCAACCGUGCGGCCGUCCGUGGUGAACGUGGCGGAAACGAGGUACGGCAGCAGCGGGGCGAACCGCCAAGAACGGAAGGACAUUUCCACCGACAGCUGUGCCUCGAUCGUGCUGGACACGUUCGAUCGCCCCGGCAUACCGCUGCCCUCGGAAGCAGUCGGCGCCAGUGGGGUGGACAAAAUAGCGAAGCUAAAGGAGCUGCUGGAGCAAAUCAACGAGCAGCGCCGAUUGCUGACGGAGGAUAUAGCACGCGAAAAGGCGAACGAAGCUAUGAAAUUGGCGAAGGAUGGCGCAGCUGAUUCGGAACCGGCCACAAAGCAGGAAAUUGAUCGGCUGGAGCGCAUGAAACGGCGGCAGGAGGAAUUGCUCGAACAGCAGCAGUUGCUGCAUAAGCGGGAGCGCGAGGUGGAAGAGCUGGGCCGCCAGCUGGAAGAGAAAAUGGCCCUGCUGCAGCGGAACAGGCAGAAGCAGAAAGGGGAGCAGACGUGUAAGAAGGAGGCAAAGAACAACAAGCCGAAGGCGAAGCAGCCGAAGACGGUGCACGUAGAUACGAAGGGUGCAAAGGGAGCGAUCGAUGUGGAGGUCGUUGAACCGUCGUCUAUCGCGAGCAGCAGCAUCAGCAGCGAGGUGAGCAAGGACUCGUGUGAAUCGGUCCAGGAGCGGAGAGCGGGUGAUGCACCGGUCAAGAUCAUCAUCACGGUGAACGAGAAAGCGACAGCAACGAAGCGGAAGAAAAAGGCUGCAACUGUGCAACAGAAAACAUCACCGACAAAGGUAACACGAGAAGCUAAGGGAUUGGAGAAAGUGCAUCAACCCGCAGCAGCACCGGAAGCGAGUCAACCGAUUAUGAAGCCCUUGCCAACACGAAAAGACACGUUGCUGCAAAAGGUAGCCAACAGGGGUGGACCAUCGACGCAAGUGGUCGACCUGUCGCCGGGCAGUUCCUCGACGACGUCUACAGUGUACAGGCCACUGCCACCCAAGAUCGGUAGCUUGAAGAUCCUGCAGAAGCACGGGCCGCCGGGUGAGAGCGAACCGGUCAAAGCAAACGUGCCAGUUGCCUCGAGCGGUACGGCCGGACCAAAGUAUCAGCUGCAGAAGGGCGACGAUCAACGCAGGCAAAACCUGCCAAGUGGGGCGAAAGCAGCGCAGCCAGCGGUCGGAGAAGCGAAUCUAAAUCCACACCUUAUGAAGUACAUUGUCCGCUUGCUCGGCAUGUCGCGGCAAUCGAUCGACCAGCUAGGAGUUAGCACGACGAGCGUUUCCACGCCAAACGAGUCGGUCGUGAACGUAACCAGCAAUGUUGGUGGUGGAAAGCAGGUGGCCACCCAUCCCGCUUCGCCUAUCGCCCCGAACGAGCAGGAAGUUGAGCGGAUGCAUCGGUUGAAGAAAUUUAUCGAUGAAAACUACAACUUCCUGCAGGAGAUCGAUGAAACGCUGCGCCGAUCGGACCAGUCCACGCUGGGCAGUAGUAGUGGGACGGUGGUGGAUGGUGAUAGUAUGAUUAAUGACCAGCAGUCUUCGGCAGAGGCCGAUAUCAGUCGGGUGGAAGGGAUCUGGAUGGAGACGCUGCGACGCCGAGAGCGGCGGAUGCACAAGCAGCAAAAGAAGGUCAGCGAGGUACCGUUGUCGAAGGCAAAGGCGAGUAGAAAGCAGCCAGAAGCUAGUCAGCACAUUUCCUACGAUGCGGCAAACAGGGAGACGUUGCAAUCCGCUUCCCAAUCGGCCGUCGCACCUGCACCACCAGUAGCAACGGCACCACCGGCAGCGCUACCACCAUCUUCAGCACCAACGGUAAAGGAAGGCUCUUUGAAAUCCAUUCUGAAAUCGCCCAAACGGGACACUCCACCAGCCAAGGUGGCCAAAAUCAUUACGCCCCAGGGCCACGUGGAGGUGAUCAAUCUGAGCGACCGGGAGGAGCAGGAAAUUCUCGAACGAUACUCCCAGCUGACGGAACGUUGUAGCCAGCGCAUCACCGAGCUGUCGCAGAUGAUCAACCAGGUGCGGGAGGAGAAGCGGCGCCUGAUCGAGGACAGUUUGUCGUCCCUGGAGCAGCAGGAAUCGACCAAGUACAUGGAUUUACCGGCCGCGAUCGGUGCGAGUGCUGCUGGGCAACCGUCGUUACCAUCGCAGACGGAAAAGAGUACACCCCCGGCCGUUGCAUUAUCACCACCCGGUGCUCCGGCUGGUUCCAGCGCGGCACCGCUCGGCGGAACGGAUGAUCCGGUCAGCGAGGAGAUUGAUAACAUAAUCUCCUCCAAGCAGAUUGGGCUCAGCAAGGACAGUGGUAUUGCGAUGUCGCGCCCACUAACUGCCUCGGACAUACGGGAAAGUCCUUCCGAAGAGGGCAGCCAGGGCAAGGAGCCGCUUCCGUUCGAACCAUUCCUGAAAGACAUUCCAAAACCGACGGUAGCGGAGAUGAGUGCACCACCACCGAAGGGGGGACAGUUGACAGUCGGUGUUGGGGCGCUGCGUCGUAACACGCCGCCCGUAGCGAUAGCACGAUUCAGCCCCCAGUUACCGGACGAACUGCCGAUGCACGAACUGUCCACGAUCCCGGAAGUCGACACGCCGGCAGUCGCCACGACGUCACGGGUGAACGAUCUUUCGACGGUAUCGGCUACGACGGCCGCCGACCAUGCAGACGCUGCCGAACAGGUGCUGAUAGAAGCGCGCAAUCGACUGCUGUUUAACGAGGCGGCCACGGCCCCGGACAUUGGGUACGAUCGGUUCCCGAACUACGAGGAGUACGUGCGGAGUGCAACAUCCGGCACGGGAACGGCAUCGUUCGUACGCGUGGAGCUGGAGCAAACGACCGACACUAACGAGCGGUCCGAGCUGCGGCUUGACACGACGGAGGACCGGGUGAACGAUCGGCUAGCGUACAGGAAGUUCCCCGGCACUGCACCGGCCUUUGACCUAACGGAGGAUGGGGAAGCGACGCUACAGCCAGCAUCCGGGGAGAGCACACACAAAUCCGCUUCCGACACAUCGCUGCCCGAUGUGGUGGCCGAGUUGAGGAAGUGGAACAUCAUCGUAAAACCGUUUAACAAUUCGCUCGACAACUCGAAUCGAUCGACACCGCUGUCGGAAGCGCAAGAACCAGCUAGAGCGAUGGAGCAACGACAGCAGCAGCAACAACCCCCAGAAAAAGAACCUUCCGGACCGCGUCCCAAAACAGGACAGUCGCGCAGUGUUCCGCAAAAGGAAACAAGUUCGUUCCCGCUGCAGCAGUUGUCCGACUCGUUCCAACGAGAUCUAGAGAACGUGGCCGGCCUACGGUGGGGCUCGUCGAUGCUGAAGCGCACCCAGCAGGACCAACAGUCGAGCGACUCAUCGCCGCUAUCCUCGCUAUCCGAUGGGAAGAAGGUGAUCGUCGGCCCCAAUGAUGAUACCGUCGCGAACGAUGCCGACGGCGCUGCCCUGGGGAAACCACUCAAUCUGGCGGAAUUUGUAAUGCGCGAGCUGAUGGUGCGCUCCCAGUCCGAGCUACAGUCGCUCUCGUCCGUAUCGUCCAGCUCGCAGGGUGGUUCGCACAGUACGCUCUUACGGUCGCUGCUGAAUCUGAGCCGGCUGAACGAAAGCAAUUCCCGCUCGAGCCCGAUCCGGGAGGAGCUGCUGAUGCAUACGCCUACGGAGGGCAAAAGCAUACAGCGCACGUCCACCCCGGUUGCCAGCAAAUCGACCGCCAGUGGAAGUAGCCUCCGGGUGGGAGGCGAUGGCGGUAACACUGACCCGCUGGCUACGAACCGUACCGAGACGGGGCUGUUUUCGGGCGAAUCGCGACUAUCGUCCGUACACUGGAGCUCGUCGUCCGGCAACUCGUCGGACAGGCAGGAACCGUCACCGCAACAAGGGCGGCUCACUGUACCAGCCGUUCGGCUGGAAAGGCAACCGUCCACGUCGAGGGGGGAGAGCGCAUAGGAACUCGAAUGUUGUGCCCAGUGCAGGAGCGGAUGUGCCUUUCUUGACAUGUUUUUAAAAUUGAUGCAGUAGUUUAAAUUGUUUAAUUGGUGUAACUAUUUUUUUUUUAAUCUAAAGUGCUGUUAUAUGAAAGCGCCAAGCAGAACUGUUACUGAUUGAUGUACACUAGCGUAGCUCAAUGUUUUUAAUUAUUUAUAGUGCUUCGACUCAAUUUGUUAUUGUUAAUAAGCUCUUUCUUUACUUUUUUCUACAUAUUAUUACACUUGACGCAUGAUUUAGAAAGAUAAGAAUUGUACGAAAGACGUUGUGAGAAAAUGAGAUGAUUUGUAGAAUAAACAAUAGGACGUACACUA